UAGCAUUAUUAGUAUUUUAAAUAAAUAUGAAUGUGUGCAUAAAUAUAUCAUUAUUUUUCGUUGCUCGCCCGGUCGAAAGACAAUCUAUGCACGUCGACAAAGACAUAGAGGAGCAUAUAUGAUUGUUGACCGAGCCUGAUAAAAUGUCUGACUGGUUUAUCAGCCCUCUGAUAAAACUGAAUAUCAGCGGAUGUGUGGGCGGACUGCCACCUGACAUUUCUCUUCCCUCUGACAUGUACCUUACGUGCUUCUUUUCUAUUCUUGUUUCUCAUUUUCUAUUUUAUAUCUCUUGUUUGCGAUCAGUAUUGUAUGUAUUUUCUUGCCUUGUUUUCUUUUCAUUUUGCCUCUUUUUCCCUUUUCCUUUCUCUCGUCCUCCCUCUGGUCUCUCCGUGUCUACCUCAGCGUUCUCAAGUUGGUCUCUAUCUGGUGUGCCUUCUUUUUCAUCUACCUUACUUUCUUUCUCUCAUUCCCUACCUUUCCUUCUCUCCUUUCCCUCCUUUUUCGUCUUGUGCUCAGCGAUAUCUCUCGAUCUCUCCCUCUCUUUCUCCCGCUCUCUCACACCCUCCGUCUCUCACCCCAAUGGGCUAAACUCGCUGGAGAGGUUCAGUCGUUGACGCGCCGUGAAACCUGCAACAACCACGAUUAAUCACUGGAUAGUCAUUUUAAUUGCGUCGAGUUAAGUUAACGUUGCUACAGAAACCGGUACCAAUUGUAAUCGUUAUUUUACAAACAAUAUUUAAAUGUAAAAGAUAUAUAAUCGAAUCGAUUACGUCAGCUGUCGGACGGACCAUAUCAUAUUGCCAUUCUACUGAACGUUCGGACUAAAUUGUUUUCUUCAACGGAAAACUGACUACAAUGGGAUUCUUCACUUAUCGUCUUCAGCUCUAUCGAGUCGCUCAUGGCUCUUCUUGCUAUUGAAUCUUAUAGUUUAUUGCGAAGGUCAAGCAAGAAAUAUUCCAUCUAACGCAAUACGAAAAAGGAAUGAUGGUAUCGUCCGCAAUAUUCGGAGCGGCCGCCGGCACGGGAUUAGCUCUAGUGGUGGCCAUGACAAUCGUAGUUUAUCGUUACUACGCUGUGAAAAGAAAGGGAAAGUGGAAUUGGAGCAAUCUGCCGGAUCGCUGGCCGGAUCCACCGAAUAUCAGGAGUAGCAAAGACGAUCAGCUUCAUCAUCACCACUGUCACGCUGCGCCGACGUCACAUAUGCUCGACUGCUGGAGGAAGCCACAAAAAAAUUACUACGCUGUACAGACUGGGGAAUUUAACGUCGCGAAGGAGCAGCACGCGGUACAACCCUCGGUAACCGAAUCAGGCCUGCCCCAUCAAAGUCGCAGUUAUCCAGGCGGUGGCGGAAGUGGCGGUCGAACGUUGGCGAGAAACUCGUCUGUCAGCUCACAGAGCUCGGUCGAGGGUGCAUCCGGUUCUUCGAACCAUCGGGGAUCGUCGCCCCAGAUCAGAGCGUUCGGCCCGGACGGUCGGCAUCAGACUCGACAUGAUCCUCUACACACCGCCUCUUCGUAUCCUCCGAGCAGAAGCUCGAGAUCUCCUUCACCAGCUCGUGCGGCGUCCUUGGAUGCACGUUGUGCAAGUCCUGCCAGUUACACGGGCAGUCUGCACAGUGGAAAUGCGUCACCUUCACAGACCUCUUUGUCGUCCGUAGCAACGGGUGUAAGUUCCACUUGCGGGUGUUCGCCGAUGAAUGCCGUUCAAAGUACUUCCAGACAGACCAGUCGUUGCUUAUCGCCCCUUCUCAUCCCACCGCCACGUGCUUCCAUAAGCAGCGACGGUGGCCCGGUACCGCCUGCUUCUCCGCUUGGUUCUUUACAACCGGAUCUUUAUCAAAGACGUGACGGUCCGGUCUUUCUCAGUGCUCGCAGGACAGGAAAGCAUUUGGGCAGGCUCCAUCUGCGCUUGAGAUACGACUUUGAUAAAUCGGAUUUGGACGUGCACCUGAUCGAGGCACACGAUCUCGCGGGCAGCGAUCAGGGCGGUUUCAACGAUCCCUACGUGAAGUUGACCCUCAGCCCGGAAGUGGACAGCAGGAAAAGACAAACGCAGAUCCACCGGAACGACCCGAACCCGUUUUUCGAUCAGCACUUCAAAUUUCCCGUCAGCUACGAAGAGCUGCAGGAGAAGACUCUAGUUUUGCAGGUAUUCGAUUACGAUCGUUUCUCGAGGAACGAUGUGGUGGGCUCGGUGAGAGUGGCUAUGGACAGCCUCGAAUUGGUCUCUUCCACUUCCUCGAUAGAAGUUUGGGGUGAGAUAACGAGGGAACGAAAACCACCGGAGGAGAUUCAAGAGGUGUUGGUCUCAUUGUCUUAUUUACCGAGUGCCGAGAGGCUCACGGUUCUCAUGAUGAAAGCUAGAAAUCUAUUUCCCCAACAGGACAAGGAGGCAUUGGAUCCGUUCGCGAAAGUCAGUCUUCUCUGUGGCGAAAGAAGAGUAAAGAAGAAGAAAAAAACGGCUGUUAGGAGGGCGACGACGAAUCCCGUUUGGAACGAAGCGAUGUCGUUUAAUAUACCUGCCUCAUUGCUCGCAUCGUCAGCUAUAGAGAUAUGCGUGCUGGACUCGAGCAGCGAGUUGAUCGGCGGAAAUGCCAUCGUCGGAUCUUGCAUCAUUGGACCAGCCACUGGUGCCGACAGCGGCAACAGUCAGGGACGAGAGCACUGGCUUCAAAUGACGCAGUCUCCGAGGAAGCAAAUCGCCGAGUGGCACACGCUACACUAGUUCGAUCGUCGUUACGAUCUAGCCGUUUGAUUGCCCGAAUAAUUCGCGUCCUCGAUUGAAGGAAAUACAAUCUAUCGUCAUCGUUACGUCAUAACGAAUAAUCGAAUGACCAUAUACACUUACGAAACGUAUAGCGAUAUUAUACAUAAAUGUAAAAUGGCAAAAAGAUAACGUGUAUUUCCCCACUGUCUCAACAAAAAGACAAAAAAAAAGAAAGAAAAAAAAAGAAAAAAAAAUCCAAUGACUCGUUAAAGAAACUGUUCUUCUGCACUUUUAUAGAUAUAUUGAUGAUCCGUAACGAUUUCGUUGCACUGAAUGUCGAUGCGCGAAAAGAGAAAAAAGUAAGAGAGAUAAGUAAUGAUGAAUAUUCUUCAUAUAUCUAUGCACACUAACAGGCACUACGCACUUGUACUUCCGUUCACUGCACGACACUCUGUGCGCCACACGCGCGAAUCUGUGCAUUUCUUAAUUUUGGAUACCUGAACGAUUUAGAGACGUAUUUUUAAAAUAUCCUACUGAUGCGUUAAUGCAAACUCUCCGAAGUUAUAUAUGAAGGAACAGUGAUCCCCCUAAGCUGUGAAGCAAAAGCAGAGACAGAUCUCGCGUUUCGCUUUGACAGAUCAAUAAUUAAACGUACAAAGUAAUAUUUUAAGAUAAGACACAGACUUGAGAAGACAAUUAUCAAGUCCGAGUACACUGAUCGAAUCCGUCGUCUUGACUAAGAAGCUUUCUCUCAGGAUUAUCCCGUAUUACUUCUAAUUACGCUUCUUCUUCUUCCUCCUCUCUUUGAGAAAAAAGAAAAUUACAUAUGUCGAAAGCCUAAGUCUGUCAAAUGUGGCCUAGAAGAGUAUUUAAAGUACGCCGUGUCUAUGUAGCUUGCUGGCUGAUCGAAAAGGCCUAAUGUCCCCGCGAACGAGCAUGCUAAUCGAGACAGCGUAUUGAUUGUCGUUAUCGCUGUGUAUUUUGUCGAAUGUAUAAUUCAUAUGCUAAACAAAUUGAAACAUAAUGUGUGUAAAGAAGGCAAAAAAAGACGUCUUUCGUUUAGUAUCAAACAGUUAAUGAAACGGGCAAUAAAACAUUUUUCUCAACGAAGUUCUUACAAGUACAUGCGCACAUAUAUUUGCUUUUGUUUUUUUUACCGAAAAUUAAGUUUGAUUUUUGCACGAUCAAAUUUUACAAAAUAAGGCAUUACGCGAAAACGUAUUCGACCAAAAUUCACCAUAUCACGUUGAUAAUUUGUGCUUUCACUACCAAAUCUGUUUCCCUUGAUUUUAAAUGUCGAAAAACAAUAAGCCUGCCGGUUACUAAAAAAUUUAAUCGUAUAUAUGUACGUUGUACAUCAUUUAAGUGUCUGCGAUUUGUCAGUCGAAUUGCAUUGUAGCGACCCACAUUGUUGGAAAGAAAGAACUAAAUGUUAAUGAGCGUUAAGUAUAUCUAAAAGUAAAUAUUAUAAUGAAUAAAUAUAAAUAUAUAUAAAAAAACGUGUAAAGAGAAAAAUCUCUAAAGAUCUAGAUGAGAAGAAAACGUUUUCACCACACGGAAACGUAGUCCGAAUUGUACGCUUAAAACUUAUAUAUAUAUAUUUACGGUAUUUCUAUUAUAUUCUAUAUUAUAUAUAUAUAUAUAUCACCGGAAAAAUAUAUAAUAGAAUUAGAAUAUCUUAUGCAGCUGUAAUUGUAAAGAUGGACAUCAGUAGUAGUGUGAUGUUUUCUAUAAUAAGUUUCGAGUCGAGUUUUCACCUGAAUGAAAAAGAAAUUUUCAAUAUUGAAAAAGAAA